CACUGAUCAAACGGGACCCAUCAAGGCCAGUCAUUGGAUUUUUUGGGUGAUGAAUGGAGAUCGAUUCCGUGAAUGAUUCCAUUCUUUUCUUUCGUAUUUUUGGUUUUUUCAUCCAAACGAACGUCAGUUUGUUGAUUUCUGUGAUGUGUCUGCAAAACAUGAUGAUUCACACCGACCUAUGGAAAAAAUGGUCCGCUAUCACCGAUCGCUACACAGMCGCUCAUCUUUCUUCCUGGACGGCUUCGCAAUUAGCAAUAAGGAGACCUGAAUACACCUUUGCAUCGAGGGUGUCGAUGAUUAGAUCAAGAAAAAGGAUGACGAUUAMAGUCUCGCAAGGUUUACUGAUUGCGUUCAUGGCAUUCAUUGCCGUUGCAAAUGGACCUAGGGGAUGCUCUUCCUUUCACGUCCAGUCCACAUCGAGAUCUGACUUGUCUCCCAGAUCUCUCGCCGUUGCGAGUCCAGCCUCGAAGAUCAUUUUCAUAACCGACCGGUUCAGCACGAGUACAAAACUAUUGAUGAGCACCAGUGUGAUGCCGAGUGAAGAGGAACUUCUUGCAGCUGUGGAGGACGGGAGUAUCGACAUCGAGGAUUUAAAAGAAAUGUUUGGAGAGGAUUUCGAUUUUGAUAAUGAGGACAAUGAUGAGGAAUAUGAUGAAGACUUCGACGACGAAUAUGACGAAGAUUACGAUGAGGAAGUUGAGGAUGAGGUAGAAGAAGAAAAUAAAGACGAGGACGAUCAAGAAGAAGUUCUAGAUUAUCUUGAAGAGGAAUACGAUGACGAGUUUGAAGAGGAAGAUAGUGACAACGAAGUGGAAGUAGAGGCGAUGGAUAAUCUAGAACAUGGCGGUCAUCUUGAAGCCAAUCAAGAAAUAGACGAAGAUGAAGAGGAAAAGGAAGAAGUGAACUAUGACAACGAACUUCUAAUGCAAUUCGUGGAUCAUUUCCGCGAAACACCCUUAGGUGAAUUGGAAACCGGAGAUGCCGAACUUGUUCACGAAGUCCUGCGAAAUUUUCCCUUGGAAACAAUUGACAGCGAAGAAUAUCCCGACUCUAAGAAGCCCUCAUAUGUCGUAGAAUCUCUUCUGAAUCGCUUAAYAGACGAAUGGAGAGACUCUGUUUUGCUUCUARAAGGCAAUGAUGAACACGAUUCCGAUACUCCAAUGGAAGAGCUAGAAGAAMGAGAACAGCUUUUUCGACCUAURGCCGAUGACUUUCAUCACGYCAUGGUCGCUAUCUAUGAGGACGRCCAGAGUGACGACUCUGUYGCUAUGAAAGCUACCCGAAUGUGGAAACUUUUGUCUGAUCAGCRAGAGCUUGUUUCUUUUUUCCGAGAUAAUGAUGAUGAACUGGCCGCCGAGUCGCUUUAUCCAACACUUCGAUCAAUCGAACUCKUAUUAGACGUCCUCUCGUCCUCRWCCGAGCGCGCUGUCGAUAGAAAGGCCUCGAUUGUGGUUGAGGAAUGGCUUCCCGAUUAUGGACUGAUUCCAAACCCCGAAGUAUAUGGGCCAUAUAUCCAGAUGAUAGCGAAGGCACGCCACCGAGGUGCCGCGCGCAAGGCAGAAAAUAUACUCAGRAAUGCGGUCCGUGAAUACCCUCCCAACGAUUACGAAAGUCCCAUAGGUGUGGAAGUUUUCAAUGCCGUAGUGACCGCGUAUGCGAAAGCCCGAGGAGAAUCGCACGGCCCGGAAAGAGCCCAAAAUUUGAUCGUUUUUAUGGACACCCUAGGAAAACCWGGUUGCGCUCCGAAUGCUAAGACCUUUACAUCCCUAGUAGAUGCAUAUGCACAAGUCAAUGAAUGGGAUAGUAUCUCUGAAGCUCAGUCGAUUCUGAACAAUUUACUCAAUCAAUUCCUUUCGGACGGUGAUGGCAAGCACCUAGAACCCAGUGUGGCCACCUGGACGAUUGUGAUUGCAGCUUGGAUGCGAUUGUCGAGAAAGGGUCGUACGGGGGCUGCAAAGCGAGCCGGGGAUCUGUUGCGGCGAAUGGAGAGUCUCGCAUCAGCCGGGAGAAUCACUGCCAAGCCCGAUGCGAUWACMUAUGUAACGGUCUUCAACGCAUACGCGAGUUCCAAAUUCAGGGACGAGAUAGAGAAAGCGGAGGAACUUUUGGACGAGAUGAACGAGAUGUACCUCGACGGAGACGAUUCGUUCAGACCCUCUGUCCCGUCUAUCAAAGCUCUCAUGGAAUCUUGGAUCAAAGUUGGUGACCUAUUCCAAGCCGAGGAGGUUCUGAAGAAAUACCAARGUGCCUUGGAGGAAGCCGAGGACGACGAGAGUGGUGAAAUACGGCAUUCCAUGACAGGGAGGGAUUGGGAAGACAUCUACAAAUCUCUUUUGAAUGGACACGCUCGGUCCGAUAAUCCGAGACGUGCUACAGAAUACCUUAAUCUUAUGAUUGAAAAUGACGACAUGGAACCCAGUAGUUUAUGCUAUGAGAAAAUUAUCGAGGCGUACGCUCGAUUAGGAGAAGAAGAUUGUGGGCAGAAAACACAAGAACUAUUUCAGUUGUUGGAGAAGCGUCGUCAGCUCGGGGCGGUGAGUGUGAACGAACGCGUCUACACAAGUAUCAUUCGGGCCCUUACCAAGGCGAAGGUACCAGGAUUGCACAAAAAGGCAUAUCUGGUGGUGCAACGGAUGCGCUCUCUGGCGGAAGAAGGUCAUUCCGAGGUUGAACCCAACAUUUUUACAUACAAUGCCGUCCUGAACGCCUGUUCUGAGUGCAUACGUCUUGAUGACAGUUCUCAUCAGGAGGCGUUCCAAACUAGUGUUCGUGUAUUUACAGAGCUGAGGGAAAUGACGACCCCAGAUCACGUUACAUUUGGCAAUAUGAUCAAAUGCUCGAAUCUUCUGUCAGCCGAAUCUCAACARGAAACAAAGGAAAAAUUCAUCAUUAGCACUUUCAAACUAUGCUGCGAAAGCGGCAAUGUGAACAACUAUUUGAUUCGAGAUUUAAGUCGAGCCGCUUCGGUGGACUUGUGGGUUAAGCUCACCAGAUUCUCUCCUGAUUUGAAGGAAAAGGCAGCAGCGGACGUCGACGUGGCAACUAGGUUGGUGACAGAAUUACCACCCUCUUGGAGACGGCGAUGAUAGAGAGGCCGAUUUCAUUCAGUAUUCAUGUAGAUGGGUAGAUUAUUGGUAUUGCUAAAGUAAUUCUUUUCCUUAUCUGUGAGCAUCGAAGAAUAGGAAAAUAGGCACUGUAUGGAAUUGAUCUGUUUGCUUCGAGCAAAUGGAUGCAAUUGCGUUUUGUCAUGAGCGGUUAUUGGAACGGAAUUCAUUAAAAUUGUCGCUAUGCC